AUGGGGAGUGGCGGUCGUGGCAAUCAGUGUGACUGCAACUCCACAUCUCUCUCCCUGGAAGAGGCUAUCCUGAUUCCGGUUAUCCCGGAGGAUACUCUGGAGCGAAAGUUCUACAUGGACUUCCGGUUAUGGCACAUCCUCCUCAUGGGGUUCGCAAGCGUCAUGGCUGUUGUUAUCUGUGUCUGCUGCUGCGUCCGAUUUCGCAUACCCCGCACCAAGCAAGAAAUUGAAGCUGAUUAUAUGAGAAAAAAGAUCACCAGGAAAUUCAAGAAACAGUUGCAGUGCAUCCAGAACACGGAGAUGGACGAGAUGGAUUUGAAACGAGCUCUAGAAAGAGUGAGGGCGGAGUUCAAAUCAGACACGGAAAGCUUGGCUCAAAGCGAAGCCUUUAGCACGAGUUCGGGAGCCCCCAAUGACGACUCAGUGUUCAGAAAGUCCAGUGGAGGUGACGUAGGAGUGUCUAUCGAGGAUCUCAUCGAGAAACAGAAGAAAGGAUUCGGAUCAAAAAUUGCCUCGUUUGUUGGCUUUCUGCGGCCGAGAAGAGUUCAACAAUCUGCAGAUAAACAAACAAAGCUAGGAGUGUAAUGUAGAAUUAUAGAUAGCUUUCUUUGUCAUUUGUAUUUAGUAUGAAUACAAUUUUGGGUAAAGGAGAAAUAAUAUUUAGUUAAUAAAAGGGUCGUUUUUUCAACAUCCGAUCUCACACCACGACGGCCAGACACGUGGCAGGUCUGCAGUGUGCGCAG